AUGGACACCCCGGCGCCGUUAGAUACUCCUCCAUUGUGCGGCUUGAAAUGCAUUCAGCAGGUGACGAUGGCGACAGGCCUGUGCCCACUUACCAACACGACUUGCCUCUGCACCGAUGUUCAACUGAACAAGCAAAUCUCGCUUUGCGUGCAUUCCAACUGCACCGUUCGAGAGGUGUUGCAGGUCCAGCGCUACACGAAACACGAGUGCGGCGCGCCAUCCCGUGACCGAACCGCUUUGGUAUGGAUCGUCGGCACUGUAUUUUUGGCCCUCGGGCUUCUUGCGUUCGUUCUGAGAGUAGUCUCCAAGAUUUUUCUGGGUAGCCAGACUUGGGGUCUCGAAGAUUGGGCGAUACUAUUAGCUGUGGCCAUCAUGAUACCCCUUAAUGGUCUUUCAUAUCCUAUUUCCCGAGUUGCCUUGGGCAAAGACGUUUGGAACGUUCAGCCUAACGACAUUACGCAAUUCUUAUACAUUUUCUAUUGGCAAGAAGUUCUCUACUUGGGUGCUUUGCCUGUAACCAAGAUUUCUAUUCUUCUCUUUUAUCUCAAGAUCUUCUCCAAGAAGGAGAUAAGACUCGGCUGUUGGGUUCUUCUUGGCCUCAACAUAGCAUACCUUAUCGUCUUCGAGCUCACCUGCGUUUUCCAGUGCAGGCCCGUCGAAGGCGCCUGGAAAGGAUGGGACGGGGAGUUUCCGGCAAAGUGCAACAACAUCAAUGCCCAGGGCUGGGCAGCCGCCAUUGCCAACAUUGCGUUGGAUUUGGCGACCCUGCUUCUUCCCCUCAGAGAGCUUUACAGCCUUUCUCUUUCCCUUAAGAAGAAACUCAUGGUCAUGAUGAUGUUCUGCGUGGGAUUCUUCGUGACCAUCGUCAGCAUUGUCCGGCUGGACUCUUUGGCGACUUAUGCCACAACCAGCAACGUGACUCAGGACUACGUUGAAGUCGGAUACUGGAGCACAAUCGAAGUGCCGGUCGGUAUCAUUUGCGCUAGCAUGCCUGCCAUCUACUCCCUGUUCAGCGUCGUGUUCCCCAAGGUAUUCGGCAGUACGCAGAGGGGCGGCCUGUCCGACUACGCCAAUCUUUCAGAGCCGACAGACCCGACCUCUGGCGCCUUGAAACUACCAGCAAUUCGAGUUCAGAAAGAGUUUUUCCUCAAGUCAGGGCGUCGAGGCGAUGUUUCCUAUACGGACCACGAACUGUCCCAACUACCUUUCCGCGAUCCAAAUUCACGCUCGUCACAAAAGAAGCUAGCAACCACCCUCGAGUCUGUCUGA